AUGAAGGUGGUGGCUUUAGUAAGUGGGGGCAAAGAUAGCUGCUAUGUCAUGAUGAAGUGUAUCCAAUACGGUCACGAGAUCGUUGCAUUGGCGAACUUGUUACCGGUUGAUGAUUCGGUCGAUGAACUGGACAGCUACAUGUAUCAAACUGUAGGUCAUCAGAUUAUUGUGAGCUAUGCAGAAUGCAUGAAUGUGCCAUUGUUCAGAAGGAGAAUCCGAGGUUCUUCCAGGCAUCAGAAACUUAGCUACCAAAUGACACCAGACGAUGAAGUGGAAGAUAUGUUUGUGUUGUUGAGUGAAGUGAAGAGACAGAUACCUUCCAUCACGGCAGUUUCGUCUGGUGCCAUUGCAUCAGACUACCAACGUCUGCGUGUGGAAAGUAUUUGUUCACGGUUAAGUCUUGUUUCUUUGGCGUUUUUGUGGAAACAAGAUCAGACUUUGCUUCUUCAGGAAAUGAUAGCAAGUGGGAUAAAAGCUAUCUUAGUCAAGGUGGCUGCAAUAGGGUUGGAUCCUUCAAAGCAUUUAGGGCAAGACUUAGCCUUCAUGGAACCACAUCUUUUGAAGUUAAAAGAGUUAUAUGGAAGUAAUGUUUGCGGUGAAGGAGGAGAAUAUGAGACUCUGACUCUCGAUUGUCCGCUUUUCACUAAUGCGAGAAUCGUGCUUGAUGAGUUUGAAGUAGUGCUACAUUCUCCAGAUUCUAUUGCACCUGUUGGAGUUCUUCAUCCAACGAUCUUCCAUCUCGAAAAGAAGGGAAAUCCAGACUCUAAUCCCCUUGAGAAGGAGCCAGGUUUGGUCUUUGAGGUUCAAGGAGAUGGUCCUAACAACACACCAGAAUCUACUCGCCAACUAGAUAAUGGAACAGUAGAUGCAGUUGAACAUACAAGAAACGGAGUUCACUUAUCAAAGACCGGUAAAGAAAACACAUUCUCCAUUUGCUGCUGGCUGGAAGAUUCUGGUGAAUCUUCAACAGGUCUGAAAGAAGAUCUUGAGACUGUUCUUACAGAAAUCGAGUCUCAGCUUCUGAAACAUGGAUUCAACUGGCAGAAUGUUUUGUACAUUCAUCUUUAUAUCUCUGAUAUGAGUGAAUUCGCUGUGGCCAAUGAGACAUAUGUGAAGUUUAUUACGCAUGAGAAGUGUCCUUUUGGUGUUCCUUCACGUAGUACAAUAGAGCUUCCUUUGGUACAAGCUGGUCUUGGAAAAGCUUACGUUGAGGUUUUAGUAGCAAAAGACCAAAGCAAAAGAGUUCUCCAUGUACAAAGCAUCUCCUCUUGGGCACCUAGCUGCAUUGGACCUUAUAGUCAGGCUACUUUGCAUAAGGGUGUUCUUCACAUGGCUGGACAGUUAGGGCUUGACCCUCCCACCAUGAAUCUUAGAAACGAAGGCGCAAUUGCUGAGUUGAAUCAAGCAUUGACGAACAGUGAGGCGAUAGCAGAGGCUUUUAGAUGCUCAAUCUCUUCAUCAGCUAUUCUUUUUGUGGUGUUCUGUUCAGCACGCACAGAGCAGUCAGAGAGGGAUCAACUUCAUGAGAAGUUUCUUUCUUUCUUGGAUUUGUCAAAAUCUUCUCGGAGAUUGGAUCCUAUCUUCCUUUACAUCCUUGUCCCUGAUCUUCCUAAAAGGGCUCUUGUGGAAGUAAAACCUGUCUUAUAUGUUCAAGAAGAUUCAGAGACAGACGAUGAAACUAGAGAAGAUCAAUUGUGUGAAGGAGACUACAGUUGUUGGGGAUAUAAGCCAGAGAAAUGGCACCAAGACUGUGUGCAGAAACGAGUUGUUGAUGGGAAAAUAUGCGUGACCGUUCUCUCCAUCUCAACGGAAGUGAUGAAGAAGCUUCAUGAACCUGAAGAGAAACAACAACUGGAGAGACUAACGAGAUUCUGUGUAUAUCUUCUCAACAAAACCUUGUCUGAAAAUUCACUCUCUUGGCAAGACACCACGAGUUUGAGAAUACAUUUCUCCACAAGUCUUGGUGUGUCUGUAGAGAUAUUAUCAAACAUUUUUGAAACUGCAUUCAAGGAGCUUAACGAGAUGAGUCAUGGAGGUAGAGUCGGUGACUCGAAAGAACCUAUAUUCAAUCUCGUCCCGGUCCUUUCUGCUGGAAUUUUUUCUGCUUCGUUGGACAACAUAAUCACCUGUGAACUACUUUCCCUAAGGUCUUAACUUUCCUUAUCUCACAAGGAACGCAAAGCUUUUUACUUCAAUGGGGUUUCCACUGAACCAAGUGCCUUACCUCCCGUUUGUUUGCAAUGGGGAGCCACUUGAACGGCACAAUGUUUUUUCUUUGGAAGUCAAGUUUCAUUUGCGGAAGAACAACACGUAGUUGUUUUGUUUGAAAUGAAAAUCGUUAGGAUGUUUGUUUUGUUUUGUUUCAUAUGGAUUAGUGCAAAACUAGCUGUUGGAUUUUUCCAGUCGCUAAAAGAAUUUAUUGUUUACCGUCCGAUUCUAUCUUCUUUUACACGAUUUUUUUCUAAGUUCUUAAACUUUGUUUUUACUUUAGGGUUCUGUAUUAGGAAAAUAUACAAUUCCUUGUCUGUAUAGGAUUUUCUUUUUCUUCUUCAUAGUAGUUUUUCUUUUUAUUUCUAUUUUCCGUUUUCUGUUUUAUUAGAAAGGAAUACACUAAACCGUUCUCUAGUUAGUAUAUAAGGAGAGACAAUCAAUCAUAUUGAGUUUUCUUUAAGAGUUUUCAUAAGCAGAGACCCCUUGUUACCUGUUUUCAAUUUACCUUCGUUUUCUUCCGCCCCUUGCUGCUUUCGUGACUCUUUGCUAGGUCGUUUCUGUACAUCUUUGCCGCCUAGAAUGGAACAAGUUGGAACUUCUAUAGCUUCAGUUGCUAUUCCAGGGACCAUGAAAUCACGGCGGCAGCGUAAGAAUCGUAAAACCAGAAGCAGCAGCCACCAACAGUAUUCAUCACUGCCACUACCAAUCGAUCUCAUGUUCGACAUCUUCUCUAGGUUAUCCCUCAAGUCCAUUGCCAUCUGCCGUUGCGUAUCCAAGCCAUGGGCCUUUGUACUUGACCACUCUGAUUUCAGGGAUCUGCGCUUGACAAUGUCACAGGCUCGCCCUCGUCUAUUGUUUGCCAUUAAGGAAGAUAAUAAGGUCACCUUCCUCUCCUCACCUCAGCCUCAAAGUCCUGAUGAGAUGUCUUCUCCUCCUGUUGACGCCGAUCAUCACAUGAGUUUCUCCUUUGAUCAUCCUGUCAAAAGUGUAACCGCAUGUGUCAAUGGCCUUGUCUGUGUACGUAUCAGUGGUCAUCGGUUGGUAAAUGAGAGGAGAUUCAGGGUGGAGGAGUCUGUGUUAUGUAACCCUAGCACGGGACAAUCAUUUACUAUACCGAGAAUGAAGACAAGGAAGAGGGUUAGGGUAGUACGUUAUUUCGGGUAUGAUCCAGUUGAGAAACUACACAAGGUGUUGGGUAUGAUCCGUCGAAGAUAUAUGGUCGACAGAGAUGAGGAGCAUCAAGUGCUGACAUUAGGAGGAAGUGAGAAAGCGACAUGGAGAAUGGCUGAAUGUGACAUACCAUCUGCUUCUUCUGGGAGUAGAAAGAGUAUAUGCAUUAAUGGUGUUUUCUAUUUCUUUGGGACUUCUAGAUUUGUGGAUUUGAUAAUUUGCUUUGAUGCUAAAUCUGACAAGUACAGCUCUGUUAAGGCUCCGGAAAGGGAAUUGCAUCAUAACCUGGUAGACUUCAACGGUAAAUUGGGUUUAGUACCAAUGGGAAGAAGUUGCAAUUUCAAAAGUGAAACUGUUGAGGUGUGGGUUCUGGAAGACCCAGAAAGACAUGAAUGGUCCAAACGUGUUUACAUUUUGCCACCUUUGUGGAAAGAUGUAGUUGGUCGUAAGGAGUGGUUAGAGGUUGUUGGAGUGACUGGUCCGAAUGAAUUAGUUAUGUCGCUCACAUGUUCAACUGAUCCUUUCAAUGUUUAUUACUGCAAUUUCGAAAAAGGAACAGUAACAAGACAUGUAAUCCAAGGUGUGGGAGAGUUUGGGGAUGGGCGGAGGUAUACCUAUCUGAACCAUGUGGAGGAUGUGAAGAUUAUGAAAUUAUAAGGAUAAAAGCAUCAGAGCAGCAAAGAACUCGUCAUCAUAGUCUAAGAACUCGUUCAUCCAUCAUUGAUGGCUUGUGAAAAAUGCUUUAGAUAUUUAAGAGAUAACAAAAAGUAUUAGAAAAUUACUAUAAAAUUUUAGAUAUUUAUAGAGUUAAUCAUAGAUAUAUUAAAAGGUUUGCUUUUUAGAUUUAUAUAUUUUGAUUCAUAUUUUAU